AUGGAUCUGUGGAAUGAUUUUAUUCGCUGUGUUCAAGCAGGUGAGUACACUCGGGAGUUGGCAGAAGGCGUGGCCCCUUCAGCUGUAAAGAUUGAGAGCAUCACGGCAAUACCCAGACCUUCAGGUGCCCCUGCACUGGAUGAAAUGGCAGUGGAAAGUGGUGUGCGGGACCCCUCGCAACUGGCCACCCCCACAAGUGCAAAGAUCGCUGCAGCAAGCACGCCCCCAAGGGGAGUGUCUAUGACUGAGCUUCUUCUUGGGGAUGAUGUGAUGCCAGCGUGGGGAGCAACGCCUUUGAUGCCUGUACCAGAUCUUGCAACAAGUGCGGCGACGCCCCCAUCUGCAGUUUUGAAUCCGGCAUGGCUGCGCAUGGUGGCUCCUCCCCACUCUUGCCCACCCUCCUCAAUAGCUCCAGCAUCAUCACCUCCAUCACCGCAGCCAGGAGCACCUGGCUGGCUGGACAAUCCUGCCUCCAACCCCCUUGUAGAUCACUCCACCAACAAGAAAGCGUAUUCAGCAUCGAUGAGCAUGAAGCCUGGGCAUGUACCUGCAACAUGUCCCGUUGUGGAAAUUCAAGCGGGAGAGAGCAUAGGCAUGGCUUUGAACCGAAUGGGACAGGCGCUGGUCGGUGCAGAAGUGUGGCGGCGCUGGCCGGCGCAUGGCAGCUGGUACCGUGCGUCGGUGACUGGCUUCAAGUGUGAGACGAAUGAGCACUGCCUUGUGUAUGAGAAGGAUCUGCACAACAGGAGCGUUGAGUGGGUUGAUCUCAGGGAGCUGGAGUCUGAAGAGUUAAGGCAGAUCUGCCCGGAGCCUGGGCCAUCGCAGCUGGAAGAUUUGAAGGGGAAGCGAUCCACUGCAUCCAGUGCAUCUGUGCCUAUGUCCAUGCCAUCAGGUCUGCAGCAAACUGUGCAGCCUACAGUGCAAGCUUUUCAAGGCCUCUCUGAUCCUGUCUUCCUGCAGCAGUCGCUGCUUCACCAGUCUGUUGGUGGAUUGAACCUGACAUCACAGCCGGCACUGGUGCCCAGUGUGAUGGGUUCAUUGGCAUCUGCCAGGAUGCUUGGAGCAGCAAACUUUGCCAGCGCCGGGAAUGCUCAACAAGGUGUGAACCCUAUGGAGAUCAUUUCUCAAGUGUUGAAGGCCGGAAUUGCUCCAGAUGCGCUGAAGCGGCUAGUGGAUGAUGCAGCAUCGAACUUGGGACCUGCCAACCCUGUCCAAGCAAAAAUCUUGCAAGAAUCUGCACAGCUCGCAGCCCAACCUUCUUGUGGCAGACUUCCAGCUCACAGUGCAGUGGCGCCAGUCAGUUCAAGCUCCAAGCCCUCUGGCGCCCCGGCUGUUUAUUCUCAAAUGCUGCUGCACAGGGACCCUGACCAUGGAGUGCCAGGAGGUGCGAGUACACCAACUCUGCUAGCAUGGGGAACAGCACCUUCAUCCUUAGCUCAGAUGCAAGCCGCAGGGCAGUCUAACACUGGCAGUGUGGUGAAUAAGCAAUUGGGCCCUUUGGUGGGCAGAACACAGGUUUUGAAUGCUGCACCCAACAGUCAAGUGGCAGGCAAUGUGGUCAAAGGGCAAGACAAGCAGGGCUACAAGGACAUUGUCAAGAACAAAACACCUGGAAGCCUGACGUCGUUGCUGAUGACAGACCCUCCAACACAGACACCUGUGGAAUACUCCAACCACAGAGACGUGCCAAUGUCUGGUGGGGAGCUGCCGCCACAGGUCUCUGCAACAAUGAGGGAGCCUGUGCUUGGCACCAGUGCUGCCGGGAUGGCUGAGUCACUGCCCCCCUGCUCAGGUCCCCUGGGAGAGCAUUUGAAAUCACUGGAAGAUCCGGAUAUGCCCAGUACUGGUGGGGUGCACAAAGUCGUGCAUAGUGUGCGACCUGAGCCUACACUUGGCAGUGACCCUGCUGGCUCCCACUUUGAGCUCUGUCUGGGAAGUGUGGACUUGUUGGGCAAGGCUCAGAAGAUCAAGAUCUGCUUAAAACCCGGUGUGGAGGGAGCAAACAUGGAGGGCGACACUCACUGCCUGACCCAAAGUGGGAGAUCUGAUUGUGCAACAGAGCGCAAACUGCAGGAAAGUGCUUUGCAACCAGGAUCAGAGUUGCUGAAUGAAGUUUCAAGUGGGAAGGGGGAAAUAGGGGCGGUGGCUGCAGAGUCUGCACCAUGUCUGGAUGGCAAGACAAACCUUAUCUGUAGUCAGCAGCCUUCACGAUCUGUGUGCCCAACAUCUGGGGGCACGAAUGGGGUGUGUGUAGAGGGUGGUCAGGAUGACACAGACAGCGUGCAUUGUGUGCAGAUAGUAACUCCCAGCACCACAGCUUUACAGUCACCACUUUCGCUUGAGGUGGGUGAAGAUCAAGGCAAGGAUGUUGGUGCACCAGGGCAUUAG